CUUCUUCCUUUUUUUCCCUUCCCCGAUGUGACCUUUUUUAUUAGUUUCCGUGAAGGGUUUUCAUUCUUGCAAUUAAGACAGCAGAAAACCUUGCAACCGUCGCUUCCGAGUUCUGUCCCGCGACAAAAACCUUUUAAGUUUUAACAUAUUUUUUCCUCCUCCUCGUUCCAUUGGUUCAAGAUCCGAUCCUUCCUUCUCUCACUCACAGUUCAAUCCCUAGAUAUGGCCCAGAAUCGCGCCCCAGCUACACCAAAAGAUCCCGGAUCAAAUUCUCAAGAUGGCAAAGCACUGGUUGUAUGUUUUGGGGAGAUGCUGAUUGACUUUGUCCCAACAGUUAAUGGUGUUUCACUUGCUGAAGCUCCUGCUUUCAAGAAGGCUCCUGGUGGGGCUCCUGCAAAUGUCGCUGUUGGUGUGUCGAGAUUAGGCGGUUCCUCAGCUUUUAUAGGCAAGUUAGGUGAUGAUGAAUUUGGGCAUAUGUUGGAUGAUAUCUUGAAACAAAAUAGUGUUGACAACUCUGGAGUGCGAUUUGAUGCCUAUGCAAGGACAGCACUGGCAUUCGUUACACUUAGAUCCGAUGGAGAACGCGAGUUCUUGUUUUUCCGACAUCCAAGUGCAGACAUGCUACUCAAGGAAUCAGAGCUUGAGAUAAACACCCUCAAGAAGGCUAAAGUCUUCCACUAUGGUUCCAUUAGUUUGAUCUCAGAACCAUGCAGAUCAGCUCACAUCGCUGCACUGAAAGUUGUCAAAACUUCCGGUGGAAUUCUCUCGUACGAUCCAAAUCUGAGGUUGGCGUUAUGGCCAUCAGCAGAGGCUGCUAAGGAAGGAAUCAUGAGCAUAUGGGAUCAGGCUGAUGUUAUUAAGAUAAGUGAGGAUGAAAUUGUAUUUUUAACAGGAGGUGAUGAUCCCCAUGAUGAUAAUGUUGUCCUAAAGAAGCUUUUUCAUCCUAAUCUGAAGCUUCUGGUUGUAACUGAAGGAUCACAUGGCUGUAGAUAUUACACCAAGGAGUUCAAAGGCAGAGUUCCUGGAGUGAAAGUCAAACCUGUUGACACAACCGGUGCAGGUGAUGCAUUUGUUGGCGGCCUCCUCAGCAGCCUAGCUUCAGAUCCAAGUAUUCUCAAGGAUGAAAAGAGGUUAAAAGAAGCUCUCUACUUCGCCAAUGCCUGUGGCGCUGUGACGGUAACAGAGAGAGGCGCAAUUCCUGCCCUCCCCACGAAGGAAGCCGUCCUAAAACUCAUAAAGCAAGUUUCUUCCUGAAGUUUGGCUUGCUGAGAGACCCAUGACAAGUUUUGUUUGAUCCUUUUUCUUGACUUUUGAGUUGCUGAUUUCACCUUGCAUGUUUUGAGCAAAAUUCUCUGUUAGUAAAGGCGUUUGUAUACAGCUUGACCAAUAAAAUUGAACUAGCACAGUACACAAGUGUAACCCCUAUUUUCAAGUAUACUAUGUCAUUAGUUGGGUUGCAAGUGAGUCGAGAUGAGCAUUUGCUCUAUCAAGUGUGCUAGAUUGUGUUGACUAAGUAGUGAU